GACGGCGCUUCCAGUAGCGGAGCUCCUCUCCGCCAGUAGCCUGCAUCAAGUUGGGGGCGCGGGGCGUGGACUGGGAGCGACUAUUCUUUGCGCUUCAAUUUGGAGAGACGGAGACUUACGGGGGGGAAAAACAGAAACUGGACAUAAAUCGAGAAGCAGAAUACAUGUUCCGGAUCCCCAAAGAGCAAAGAGUCAAGGGAGUCCACCUAUAAGACGACAUGGAUGACAUCUUCACACAGUGUCGAGAAGGGAACUCUGUGGCCGUCCGCCUGUGGCUGGACAACACGGAGAAUGACCUGAACCUGGGGGACGACCACGGCUUCAGCCCCCUCCACUGGGCCUGCAGGGAGGGCAGGAGCAGCGUGGUGGACAUGCUCAUCAUGAGAGGCGCCCGCAUCAACGUGAUGAACCGCGGCGACGACACGCCAUUGCACCUCGCUGCCAGCCACGGGCACAGGGACAUCGUAGCGAAGCUGAUUCAGUGCAAAGCAGACCCCAAUGCAGUCAACGAGCACGGAAACACGGCGCUGCACUACGCCUGCUUCUGGGGCCAGGAUGAGGUGGCAGAGGACUUGGUGGCCAGCGGUGCCCAGGUGUCUGUGUGCAACCGCUAUGGACAGAUGCCCCUGGAUAAAGCCAAGCCUCAACUCAAGCAGCUACUUCAAGAAAAGGCAGAGAAGUUGGGCCAGAGUUUGACGAAAAUCCCCUAUAAGGAAACUUUCUGGAAGGGCACCAUGCGGACGCGACCCCGUAAUGGCACUCUCAACAAACAGGCGGGUAUUGAUUACAAGCAGCUCUCACUGCUGGCAAAGAUCAAUGAAAACCACUCUGGAGAGCUAUGGCAGGGUCGGUGGCAAGGAGACGAGAUCGUCGUCAAGGUUCUACAGGUGAGAGACUGGACCACCAGAAAGAGCAGAGACUUCAACGAGGAGCAUCCAAAACUCAGGAUCUUUUCUCACCCAAACAUUCUUCCUGUCCUCGGGGCCUGUCAGUCACCUCCCUCCCCUCAUCCCAUCAUCAUUAGCCACUACAUGCCCUAUGGAUCCCUCUACAACAUACUGCACCAGGGCACUACUCUGGUGGUUGACCAGUGCCAAGCCGUGAAGUUUGCACUGGACAUCGCCAGUGGGAUGGCUUUCCUCCAUACCUUAGAGCCGAUGGUUUCACGGCUACACCUCAACAGUAAGCAUAUAAUGAUUGACGAGGACAUGACAGCCAGAAUAAGCAUGGCUGAUGCAAAGUUCUCCUUCCAGUGUCCUGGUCGGAUGUAUUCCCCAGCAUGGAUGGCCCCUGAAGCUCUGCAGAAAAGGCCCGAAGACAUCAACAGAAGAUCAGCGGACAUGUGGAGCUUUGCUGUGUUACUGUGGGAGCUGGUUACCAGAGAGGUUCCCUUUGCUGACCUCUCACACAUGGAGAUAGGCAUGAAAGUGGCCCUCGAGGGUCUGCGGCCGACCAUCCCUCCUGGUAUUUCGCCUCACAUCUGUAAACUGAUGAGACUGUGCAUGAACGAAGACCCAGCCAAAAGACCCAAGUUUGACAUGAUCGUCCCCAUCCUAGAAAAGAUGCAAGACAAGUAAAUACCAUUGAUGAGAUUUGUACACGCCUGUUGCUGUUUUUAUAUAAAACCACUCUCUUCUAUUCACUUCAGUCAUGUAUCUGCUAAGCCACUGUAAAUAAAGUCAAAGGCCACAUAAGCUACUGUAAACACAUUGAACAAUAAAUACAUAGCGUAUUGCUUUUCUUUUUUAAUUUAAAAGUGGGGUAUAAAUGUUCUUUUAAUCUGUUUUGCUUAUUAAUCAUGGCUGAAACUAAGGUAAUGGUAACCCUUUCAGUCUGGUGUGAAUUACAUUCAUUAAUGAGCCAGACAGAAAUGCAUCCAAAGAAAUGUGUAUAGAAACAAUGUUUUUAUACAAAUGAACAAAUAGCAAGUCAAUAAAUGUUUUAUAUUUAUAA